GCGGGGCGGGCGGCCGCGGGGCCGGGGCCAGACCAAGGCCGGAGGCGGGACCAGCCGCCGCCGUCGCCGUCUCGGUGUCCCGUCCCCCACAGCGCCGGGCAGCCUCCGCGGGAGAAGCGGAAACCGCCGGGUGUGUCGCGCCGGCCGAGAGCGCGCCGAGGAGCAGCGGGGCGGCCUCCGUCCGGUCCAGACCUUCCGAGAGGCGCGCGGCGCCCCCUUCCUUGCAGCCCAGCGCGCCCCGGGCCGGCCCCGGCUGAGUGCGCCCACCUGAGCCCGUCCGCGCCCACCUGAGCCCGUCCGCCGGCGCCAUGGCGGAGCAGGAGAGCCUGGAGUUCGGCAAGGCGGACUUCGUGCUGAUGGACACUGUGUCCAUGCCCGAGUUCAUGGCCAACCUCCGGCUCAGAUUUGAAAAAGGACGUAUCUACACAUUCAUUGGAGAAGUCGUUGUUUCUGUGAAUCCUUACAAGUCAUUGAACAUCUAUGGGAGAGACACAAUCGAGCAGUAUAAAGGGCGGGAGCUGUACGAGAGACCGCCUCAUCUUUUUGCUAUUGCUGAUGCUGCUUACAAAGCUAUGAAGAGGCGAUCAAAAGACACUUGUAUUGUGAUAUCAGGGGAAAGUGGAGCUGGAAAAACAGAAGCCAGUAAGUACAUCAUGCAGUAUAUCGCGGCCAUCACCAACCCCAGUCAGAGAGCAGAGGUCGAAAGGGUGAAGAACAUGUUACUGAAGUCCAACUGUGUCUUGGAAGCCUUUGGAAAUGCCAAAACCAGCCGCAACGACAACUCAAGCCGGUUUGGGAAAUACAUGGAUAUCAAUUUUGACUUCAAGGGGGACCCUAUUGGUGGGCAUAUCAAUAACUACUUAUUGGAGAAGUCUCGAGUAAUUGUCCAACAGCCAGGAGAAAGAAGCUUUCAUUCGUUCUAUCAGCUACUCCAAGGAGGUUCAGAACAGACACUACGCUCUCUACGUCUCCAGAAAUCCCUUUCAGCUUAUAACUACAUCCGUGCAGGGGCUCAAUUAAAGUCAUCUAUCAAUGAUGCUGCCGAAUUCAAAGUAGUAGCUGAUGCCAUGAAAGUAAUUGGCUUCAAACCCGAGGAGAUUCAAACAGUGUAUAAAAUUUUGGCUGCUAUUCUUCACUUGGGAAACUUAAAAUUUGUGGUGGAUGGUGACACGCCUCUUAUUGAAAACGGCAAAGUUGUGUCCGUCAUAGCAGAAUUGCUCUCCACCAAGACGGAUGUGGUUGAGAAAGCCCUUCUCUACCGGACUGUGGCUACGGGCCGUGACAUUAUUGACAAGCAGCACACGGAGCAAGAAGCUAGCUACGGCAGGGACGCCUUUGCUAAGGCCAUAUACGAACGCCUUUUUUGUUGGAUCGUUACUCGCAUCAAUGACAUUAUUGAGGUCAAGAACUAUGACACCACAGUCCACGGGAGAAACACUGUCAUUGGUGUCUUGGAUAUCUAUGGCUUUGAAAUCUUUGACAACAACAGCUUUGAACAAUUCUGCAUUAAUUACUGCAAUGAAAAACUGCAGCAGCUAUUCAUUCAGCUGGUUCUGAAGCAAGAGCAAGAAGAAUACCAGCGGGAAGGGAUCCCCUGGAAGCAUAUUGAUUACUUCAACAAUCAGAUCAUCGUGGACCUUGUGGAGCAGCAACACAAAGGGAUCAUUUCAAUCCUGGAUGACGCCUGCAUGAAUGUCGGCAAGGUCACUGAUGAAAUGUUCCUUGAGGCGCUUAACAGUAAAUUGGGCAAACAUGGUCAUUUUUCCAGCCGGAAGCUCUGUGCCACAGACAAAAUCCUGGAGUUUGACCGAGAUUUUCGAAUUCGCCAUUACGCGGGUGAUGUAGUGUAUUCUGUCAUUGGUUUUAUUGACAAAAACAAAGACACUUUAUUUCAAGAUUUCAAGCGCCUCCUGUAUAACAGUUCGAAUCCUGUGCUGAAGAAUAUGUGGCCCGAAGGCAAACUGAGUAUCACAGAAGUGACCAAGCGACCUCUGACUGCUGCCACCUUGUUUAAGAAUUCCAUGAUCGCUCUAGUAGACAACCUUGCAUCAAAGGAACCGUAUUACGUACGUUGCAUCAAACCGAAUGACAAGAAGUCCCCACAGGUGUUUGAUGAUGAACGCUGCCGGCAUCAAGUAGAGUAUCUCGGACUGCUGGAGAACGUGAGGGUGCGUCGGGCAGGCUUUGCCUUCCGCCAGACAUAUGAGAAGUUUCUUCACAGAUACAAAAUGAUCUCUGAAUUCACUUGGCCCAACCAUGACCUUCCUUCAGACAAAGAGGCUGUCAAGAAACUGAUAGAACGUUGCGGUUUUCAGGAUGAUGUAGCUUAUGGGAAGACCAAAAUUUUCGUUCGAACACCCCGAACAUUGUUUACCUUGGAAGAACUUCGCUCCCAGAUGCUUGUGAGGAUUGUCCUCUUUCUACAAAAGGUGUGGCGGGGCACCCUGGCCCGCAUGCGGUACCGGAGGACCCAGGCAGCUCUGACAAUCAUCAGAUACUACCGGCGCUACAAAGUGAAGUCCUACAUCCAUGAGGUGGCCAGGCGCUUCCACGGCAUCAAGGCAAUGAGAGACCGUGGGAAGCAUGUGAAGUGGCCAACCCCACCUAAAGUUCUCCGGCAUUUCGAGGAAACCCUACAGGCAAUUUUUAAUAGAUGGAGAGCAUCCCAGCUUAUCAAGAGCAUACCUGCUUCAGACCUGCCCCAGGUCAGAGCAAAGGUCGCGGCCAUGGAAAUGUUGAAAGGACAAAGGGCUGACCUUGGGCUCCAACGGGCCUGGGAAGGCAACUAUCUUGCUUCAAAGCCAGACACGCCUCAGACCUCAGGCACUUUCGUCCCUGUUGCUAAUGAGCUGAAACGCAAGGACAAAUACAUGAACAUUCUCUUUUCCUGUCAUGUCCGCAAGGUGAACCGAUUCAGUAAGGUAGAAGACAGGGCGAUUUUUGUCACUGAUCGUCACCUGUAUAAAAUGGAUCCCACUAAGCAGUACAAAGUGAUGAAGACUAUCCCGCUGUACAACUUGACUGGUCUAAGCGUCUCCAAUGGAAAGGACCAACUUGUAGUCUUCCAUACAAAAGACAACAAAGACCUCAUUGUCUGCCUCUUCAGCAAACAGCCAACCCCUGAGAGCCGAAUUGGAGAACUUGUUGGAGUCCUGGUGAAUCAUUUCAAGAGUGAGAAGCGCCACCUUCAAGUUAAUGUCACCAACCCCGUGCAGUGCAGCCUGCAUGGCAAGAAGUGCACCGUCUCUGUGGAGACACGGCUCAACCAGCCAGAGCCCGACUUCACCAAGAACCGCUCGGGCUUCAUCCUCAGCGUGCCCGGGAACUGACUGUUCACCAGACGAGGCCUCCCCCGGGAGCAGGGCUGCAGAGCCUGGAGCCGCUGGCCCAGGGCAGGCAUCGCCUCUGCUUAGCAUCCUAGGCUCCUAUCUAAUUGCUGAAUCCCUGCUGCUUCCCGCUAGAAAUCAGCUCGCAAGGGUCCGUGCCUGGGGAGGAGUCCCUCUUCUGCCUUCUCUAAGGCUCCUCUGCUGAGGUGUUCUUGGCUUUUUGCCUUGGGUCUCCGUCUUCUCUGUCCUGACUUUCCAUGGUCCUCACUCAACAGACCAAAGAGCCUGGUGCCCUGCCCCAGAUGCCCGGGCUGACACAGAGACCACGUCCUGCCGCAGGCAAGAUAGUGCCUCAGUCAGUGCAGGCCUCCCUCAGCUGACCAGGUCAGCCCACAGCAUGCCUUGACUUAGUGACCAGCUGCUGACCCUCCAAGGGGUGGGACGACCCAGGACACAGUUUCCCCAACCAAAGAUAGGCUCCCCAGGUGGGGGGCAAGCAGCUUGGGUGGAAUAGCUGAGGAUGCAGCCCUGCUCUCUGUGAGCCCAGCCUGCCACCCCUUCCCUGAGGUGACCAUCGCACCCGUGACCUGGCUCAGGGAGCUGCUCAGAGCUCCUUGGCAGACCCCUGCCCCCCUGCCCUUGCAGCCAGCCAAUGCCACCAGGUGAGCAGGUUCACCUGUAGGGCCAGCCCCUCAGCCCCAGGCCAGUGGCCAGGGCUGCCCAGUCCGCCCUGCCCAGAGCUGCCCCUGGGCCUCCUGGCCCUCUCUCCAGAACGGCAGCGUGGGACCAUCUCACUCAGCCACACAGCCUGUGCCCAUGAUUGUCUGUACUUAUUUUUGCAAUUUGCAGGGUUGCUCAUCAGACCUCGUGUCUGCUGUACCCACACUCUUGUCAGGAACACUAUUAAGAAAUGGAGCUGCAGGGGCGACAGGAGCGCUGGGGUUUGGAAGUUUCCCCUGCUGACACCUCCCUCUCAAGUGAUCUGGAGAGCUAGGGUGGGGCAGGCGGGGCGGGGCGGGGCACACGGAAUUUCGGGAAGUAGAGCAAUAGAAACAGCACAGGGUCCUGGCACUGCAGGCCAGGCCAGGAUGCCCACCCCCACCCUGCUCAGAGCCCUGGCGCAGCUGGGGCCCAGGCUGCAGGUAUUCGGACCUCAUGCCAGGUGAGCGCUGCUGUCUCACCUGUCUCUGCCCAGAAGAAAGCAUAUGUGCUUUGGAUGCAUCAUUUCUGGGACCACCAUCCUCCCAAGCCUCAACCUCCGGGCAGCCCAGGGCCCCUGACCAGAAGCAUUCAAGGAAAGAGAGGCUCAGGCAGCUGUGUGCUGAGGUGGCUGAGAGUGAGCCCACGCCUCAGGAGGGGCCUGGCAGGGGCUUAAAGAGGGACAUGCCACCGUUUUCUUCACUUUCUGCUAGAUGCUGCACCCUGCCCUACCUCCACCCCACCCAAACUCCUAUCCUGAUACCCUAACCUUGCAAAACACACCAACACCUGAGGGCAGCUUCCAACGCCUCGCCGGUACCUGACAUGAUUACCUGGCUGACCCCCAGGUGGUCCCAGCAGCCUGCACACCCCCCACUCCUGGUCCCCAGGGCUCACAAACAUUUGCACCAUGUGCAAUUUGCAACAAAGAAUCCUACUAGCAUCCUGUCCUUGGAAACCCGUUCUCCUUCUUGAAACCUGGUCAGCAGCCUGCACAGCACAGAGGUGCCACCAGCCCAGUUUAGCAACCAUCACAGUUUUGCCAAUCACCCCAUCACUAGCUGAUCCAUCUUAACUGUAACAUCACCUCGCCUUCCCACUUACUUUCCCAGAGUUGCUACUUUAUACUAGUACAUGCAAAUGUAUGUUUUAGACACACCAAAAUGGAACAUGCCAAACAGGUGCCUUUUGGAGGCUGGAGGGGAGAAGGAGGGGUUUGGAGUCCUUCCUCCCAUCUUUGGAUGUUGCUGGUGGCCCCUCAGCCCAGCACCAGGGCCUCCCAGCUGAGAGCCUCUCAGAAGACCGCCAGCUGUCGACAAGCACUUUUUCGUGAUGCCCUAAAAGUCACAGUGUGUGACAACUGAAGAAGGAUGAGGAAUUCAGGGUAUGGUCACGGUAAUGCUUCCAGGGUGCCAAGGGGGCGGCAGGAAGACACAGUGAUUGGAUGCGAUGAAGGGUUUCUCUUGAUUUAAUUAAAUGCAGUUUUAUGGUUUGGUGCAUAUAUUCCUAUUUUCCAUUAAAUUAACUUUAUUUCUAAAGCAUAUUUUGAUUUAUCAAGACCAAUAAAGCAUUAAAUCUUA